AUGCUGACUAAGCUGUGGAAAGGGCUGACAGGCCCUUCGGACAUCUGGUGUUCGAAACGGCCAAUUUCCCUGCUUCAACACUGGCCAAACACGCGUUAUCGUAUUGGUCAUACAAUAGUCCCAGGGACUAAAGUUCCCGUAGGCACUCUCCUCUACCAUGGAGCCCUCACCGGUCCCCAUUUACUGACCGCUCUGGAAUGGGUGUCUGUAGAGCCAGACCACUCCAUAGUUUUCUGCCAAGGGCCAAUUGAAACAGGGUGCUGGCACCUCACUCUUAAAGUCACUCGGCCGAUGAAAGUGCUCUAUUUUGACGGAACCAGUGGUGCGAAAAUCCCUGAGGGCACGAUGGAUACCCAAGAUCUCGUGGUGUGGUCGAAGAUGAAUCCUGAGUGGGUGGGCAAUGAAGGGAAGCACAUUAUGGAUCUGUGUAAAUGGGGUCAGAAAUCUGGCGUGAAUGGCUUUUUGAGUGAGGUCAUGAUCUGCGACUUCACUUCUCACAUGGAGGUCGUUUCAUUCUUAAAUCUCGAGAGCACUCGCAUCGGUUACAGCUCACCUGCGGAUCUGCCAGAGGACCUCAAUAAUGGUCUGAUUUAUUCUCGGACAUCAGUGCAUCAUGUUUUUGAAAUAAUGCAUUCUGCUUCAUGGCACGAAAUGUAUCCAGGAGAAACUCGGAUUAUGCUUGAUUUUUCUGGGCUAGUCUCUUUCUACGACACCACUCUUGUUCCCUCCUUGGUGCCGCGCUGUGUAGGCUUGGACCGGUGGGAUCAUCGAGUGGAAGGAAUAUCAUCAGAGGAUAUAGAACGCGUCCAAGACAGGUUAGCUCAAGCAUUGAUACGACCACCCGUGACGACCAGCGGCAUUGACUGGAAGACCGUCUUGCGGGUGGUGAUGAUGCAGUACCUUGUGAACAUGACGCUGGAUGAUAGAUCGAUCUUUCGCCACGCACAACAAGUCCAGAGACGACUGCGCACCGUGCUUUUGCCCUACACCGUGUUUGCAGCUCUACCUCCCAAUACUUCUGUCACUGCCAAUGCGACAAAUUCAUGGGCUGCGCCAAUUUUUCAGGAAUGUGCUAUAUUGCACACGACCUCCAUAGCUCAUGGGACGACAUUGAUGCCCUCUGAACGUUUGCUCCUGGAGGCAGUACGGGAAACUACGCGUGAAAUAUGCCGCGUCAUCACGAAGAUGUGGGUAUCUGGGAUGAUGACUGGAGUUGACCCCUUGUAUCCUCGAGAACAACACCCCAAAGCUGAUCACAUACAUACUCUCAUGGGUGAAUGGAAGGAGGAUGUGACACAGUUAAUGUCCUGGUUAGACUGGAGCGUGUGGGAGAUGUGCUACUUACCUACUUGGCCCUUUGGAUUUCCCGGCGCUGAGCCACCAUUUCAAGUCCAAUGGGACAGUGCUUCCUUAUGGCCAGAUCCAAACAAAGGGGAAUGGAAGAGACCACAGCCCAAGUGUAUCAGACGGCUGGAGCCAUAUGGCUUGUAG